AUGACUUUUCGAGUUUCAGGGGCUGUGCGGCAAGUUCUGCUGCUGUCGCGGCAAGUGGCCGCACGUUCCGCCCAGGCAUCCAUUUCCAGGAGCUCCGGCCACGCCCAGUUGCCGUUUUCCUCCACUUCUUGCGUCCAAUCGUUUCUAGUUCGUUUUGCACGAGAACAAAAAACAACUCAGACACGCUUCAACUGAGAUUCGUUAUAUCAGCUCGUUUGUGCUGCAUCAUGCUUGAAAUCACUCGAACGCUCGGAAAUUGUGACUCUCAUCCUGUUUUGACGUUAGAAAAAUGAGAAUAGCUGUUUGCGUUUAUUUUUUGUUAAUGAUAUCGCGAUAAUAGGCUCAAAACUUGACGAAGCAGUUUUUCUCUUUCUUUUUUGACUUGAAAGGUUGGCUUUGAAAAAAGACAUCAUUUUGAAUUAAAACUAUCAAUUGAAAAUAAUUUCGAGCCCGCCGACAUGGGAAUCGGAAAAGGUAAAUGGAUUUCAUUCUCUCUGCACGAAGAAAAAAGGCGAAGAUUGAGGUAGCACCUGCCGUCUGAAAUCUCCUCGCACCCUUUGUUUUCUGUUCCAUUUUUUAUUCUGCAUAUCUGUUUUGCGAACAAAGCAUCCAAUUAAGUUUCUCGCCGAAACGUCGGAAAGAAAUGGGAGAAUUUGGGCUGAGCGGAGGCUCAAGCAAAUCAAGUCGUAUACAUGGCCUCGUCUUCUAUUCACUCUCUCAUCAUUCCUUUUUUUUACUAGUCCAUUUUUUUUCUCGCCCAUCAUUGUCUCGAUUUCGGUUAGUUGUAUCUAAUUAAGCCACUUUGCAUUUUCCAUGUACGAAAUUCUCUGCGCUCUCUGACGACUCUUUUCGAACUCCUUCCAAGAACCACCGAUGAAAGAUGAUUGAUACUUUGAAAAAUAGUAUUUGGAUUUCUUCUCACUUCAUUACGAUCCUCUCCACUUUUUUUCUGUAAUUAAAAGUCAUCAGUUGCAGCUUUCGACUGAGAAACAAAUACGAAGAAAACGUAAUAACGACAAACGAAGGUGCAGAAAACUCUGGAUGUUCGUGCCGGAAGACGUUAUUUCACUUAAUGUCGGCGGCGUCCUCUACACAACGACGCGACAUACACUCGGUCGCGACCCUGACACGCUGCUCGCAGCCGUCGCCACAGGCUCGCUGAGCCCAGAAGAGCAGCUGACCAUCAUCGCCAUGCCGGACGGCUCUUUCUUCGUCGACAGAGACGGGCCCCUCUUUAGCCACAUCCUGCACUUUCUCCGCACAGACAAGCUCUCCUUGCCAGAUAACUUCAUCGAUGCAGCGAGGCUCAAAGACGAAGCCGAAUUCUUCCGGUGUGAUCGUCUAUCCGUGCUUCUAUCUUCACAAACCGGCAGUCGACCUCGAACAGCUUUGAACGGCUACCCUACUAUCCUCUAUGAAACUGGUAAGUUGAACUACUAACUGUACGAAGCUCCUCUCGGAAGUUUGGCACUCUUGGUUGAACAUUCAGGAACUUGAAGUUAUCCAAAUUCGAAAAAAAAAUUCACUUUUUUUUUCUUGGAAUUGUAGAUUCGAUCAUGAAAAGAAAAACCAGAAGCUAUGCAAGCUCUGAACAAAGAGAAAUUUCGCUGCUCAUUAGCGUUGACGAUUGGACAAAUGCGUGAGGAAGUUUUCGUCUUGUUCAAAGUGCCUCCUGCUAAACGUGAAACGACAAAUCCAUGGGCAAUUUCCACGCUCUCCUGCAUGAUUCGCGGUGAAAACCUCGUUAUACGGCGGCAUCUCGGCUGUACGUGAAAAAAGCUAUGAAAGAAAAAAGGAGUGAAAAGCCAUGCAUAAAAUCACGGAAAACGUAUUUUUUAGAACUUUUCCUGAGAACAUAAAAAAUCGCUUCUCGUUUCCAAGAAAAUUAGAAAAAAAAUACAUUAAGACACGCGAUGUAUUCAGCUAUUUAAUCUUGACGGGGAUGAGACAGGAAAACAGCUUACAAAAAGCUGGAAAUCACGCUAAGUCGCAGGAAACCGGAAAGUAAAUUAGUAUAAAUCAAAUUUUCGAUUAUUUUUAGUCUCCGCCAUAUGUGUAUUACAUCGAGUAUUAAGAAGACUCUAGAGAAGAUUUUCAAAAAAAAACCAAAGUUUCUAGGUGGAUACAUCACACUCGGCUAUCGAGGUACAUUCGCUUUCGGACGUGAUGGUCAGGCUGACGUCAAAUUCCGCAAACUGCAUCGCAUUCUCGUGUGCGGGAGAGCUACACUGUGUCGCGAAGUCUUCAGCGACACGCUCAACGAGAGUCGCGACCCUGGAGGUCCGGACGACGGCGAGCGCUACACUUCCCGACUGUACCUCAAGCAUCAGUGUCUCGAGCGCGUGAGUUAGUUCUGUGUUCCAGGCUCAUGUUACUCCCAAACUCAGCUUUUCAAGGAAUUUUAAGAGAACAACGUCCCGACUCCUUAGUUUUGCUACAAGGUUUCUUUUUAGAACCGGGGAUAGUCCUAGUGAAAAUGAACAUUUACAGUCACCGGAUUUCAUAAGUUGAAGACCUUUUAGUUUCUCGUUCAGAAUGAACAGAAACGAUUGUGGUAGAAGAUCCUCCAUACUCAAGUUAUGACCACAGCUUGAAGACAGCGUCUCACAAAUUCCAAAACGAAAAAAUUUUAAUACUCAAAUUUUAAAGCCUUUUUGUUCAUUCUAGCUCAUAUUAUAAAUUUCGUUACAAAUAAGGCUUUCAAACUGACAAAAGAGUACAGCUAAUAAAAAACUUCUGAUUAUCAGCCUUACAUCAUGGUGCUCCGAUAUUCUUUUCACAACGGCUCCUUUUAGGCUUGUGACUUGCUGGCUGAGAAAGGCUUCAAGCUCGUUGCAACAUGCUGUUCUGGUGCCAAUGGACUCGCCGCAUCCAAUCAUCCUGUCUUGACCAGUUCUGGAAGCAGUUCACAGAAUGUGAGUUCCAGGUUCCCUAGAAGACAUGAGGUCUUCAUGAAAUCGGUCGUCCAGUCCUUUUAGCGCCUUUAUUCACCCGAGCUCUAAUAUUUGCGGACUGGAAACUUAAAAGACACAGCCGUUUAUCUCGAGUCAACCAGGAAAACAUCCAUCUUGCAGGACAUGAUGAACUACCGCAACUGCGGCGACUUCGAAGAGCAGCGUUGGGCCCACUACACCGAGUACGUCUUCUUCCGCGAGCCUCAGUCGGGCUUCUUGACGCCGUCACCGCGAGACCUUUGA